AUGAGCGAUCGCCCCUCACUCCUAAUCACAAACGGCACGGUCAUCAGCGGCGAGGAAGAUGCGCAGCCCUAUGCCGCGGACAUCCUCAUCAUCGGCGGCGUGAUCGACACCAUCGCCGACCCAGGCUCCAUCCACACCCACGCCGAUGCGCGCAUCAUCGACGCAUCGGGCCUAUACAUCUCGCCAGGCUUCAUCGACAUGCACGCGCACUCGGACCUCUACCUCCUCACGCACCCAGAUCACGCCGCGAAGCUCACGCAGGGCGUGACGACCGAAGUGAUUGGGCAAGACGGCAUCGCGUACGCGCCCGUGCGCACGGCGGCGCAGAUGGACGCGAUCCGCGCCCAAAUCGCCGCCUGGAACGGCAACCCCUCGGACGAAGAGUGCGCGACGUCGCUCGCGCACCUCGGCCUAUUCCAGUGGCGCUCAGUCGCGGAAUACCUCGACACACUGGACCGCCACGCGCCCGCGACGAACGUCGCCUUCCUCGUGCCGCAAGGCAACCUCCGGCUGCUGGCCGUGGGGGCGGACGACGUGCCGGCGUCGGCUGCGCAGAUCGCGGAGCAAGCCGCGCUGCUGCGCGCAGCCAUGGCCGACGGCGCAGUCGGCAUGUCCAGCGGCCUCACGUAUACGCCGGGGAUGUAUGCGAGCACGAGCGAGCUGGCCGCGCUGUGCCGCGUCCUCUCCGAGUAUCCGGGGGCAUAUUAUGCGCCGCACCACCGCAGCUAUGGCGCGCGGGCGAUCGAGUCGUAUGCGGAGAUGUUGGGGCUCGCACAGGAGACUGGGUGUCCCGUACAUCUCACGCAUGCGACUCUCAACUACGCCGAGAAUAAGGGACGGGCACCGGAACUCCUCGCUAUGAUCGAUAGGGCGCGGCAGACCGCGGAUAUUACGCUCGACACGUACCCCUAUCUUCCAGGCUGCACGACGCUGGCCGCGCUUCUCCCCAGCUGGGCGAGUGCGGGCGGGCCCGCGACAACCCUCAAACGGCUCGAAGACGCUGCGACGCGCGAAAAGAUCCGCAUCGCAGUCGAGGUGACGGGAUGCGACGGCGGGCACGGUAUCCCGACGAACUGGGACGAAAUUGAAAUCGGGCCGACAUCGCACCCCGACCUCGAAGGCUGGGCGGGGCGGCGCGUCGCGGACGUCGCGCGCAGCCUCCGGCGCGCGCCGAUCGAGAUAUUCUUCGACGUCCUGCGGCGCGACCGCCUUGCGACCGCAUGCUUAAUGCACGUCGGGAACGAGGAGAAUGUGCGCGCAAUCAUGCAGCACGCAACGCACAUGGGCGGCUCGGACGGCAUCUUGCCCGGCACCCACCCGCGCGCAUGGGGCACCUUUCCCCGUUUCCUCGUCUACGGCCGCGAGCUCAUGUCUCUCCCCGCGAUGGUUGCGCACCUCACCACGCGCGCGGCGCGCCGCCUCGGCGUGUAUCCCCGCCGCGGGGUGGUGCGCGCCGGCAGCGCGGCGGACCUCGUGCUCUUCGAGCCUGGGGUGCGGGACAUGGCGACGCACGACGCGCCGCGCACCCCCGCGCGCGGCGUGCGCUACGUGCUUGUCAAUGGGGAGGUGGCGUUGGCGGCGGAGGGAGAGGUCACGGGCGUGCGCGCGGGGAGGACGCUGCGGCGAGGCGGCGAGGUCGCGCCGCGAGGGGGACGAGAUGUGUAG